AUGGGCCUAAGCGAACGCCUUCCAAUUAGACUUUCUCAUAACAUCAAACAAGUCCGACUAAUCGCCCGUCGAAAGCAGCCAGCUACUACUCAACUAUACCACCUACCACUAUCUUUUCACCGUAACUUGGACCGCCAGCUAUACCAAUUGGGCGCUGAGAUGGAGGCCCUAUCUGUGCCAGAAUUGAAUCGCCAAGUGGUUACCCGAUACUUCCAGGAGUUCUGGACCAAUGGGAACGCCGACAUUGUCGACGAACUGUGCGACGACAACGUAACUAUCUUUUACCCCAUGCAUGGCCGAAUGGUUGGUAAAACCGCCGCCAAGGAAGUCAUAGCCAGGUUCAAGCAGUCCUUUCCGGACGUCUCAUUCCGAUUGCUUUCCCCGUUCCCUCUCAUUGCCGAAAGCGACUAUGUAGUUGCGCGGUGGUUCGGCGGGGGUAAGCAUACUGGGCCGGCAUUCUAUGAGUUGCCUGUUGGGAGUCUGCCCACGCCGAAUACUGGUAAAGAAAUGCGGUUUUCCGGAACUACAAUCUACAGGUUGCAGAAUGGUAAAAUCAUAGAAGAGACUGGUGAAGAGUCUGGCCUGGUGGCGCUGCAGCAGCUCGGUUUGAUUAAGAUGAAUGAUGGCUUUGCUCCCUGA